AAAAAUUUUUGCCAUUUUUGGCUUGGCCUAUUUAUUUAUUUUUUGCCCAGGAGUGUACAUCAUGUAGUGGCAGUAUGUACCUGUAUCCAGGAUUCAUUGUCUCUCUCUACCAUCCUGCCCUCCUUUUAACUCCUGUUCAGAAAGUAUACCAUUGCCUAAGGAUAACUAAAAUAUUACAAAAGGUGUUCUGGCUUAAAUCUACUGACAAUACAUUUGAAUUAAAAAGUUAUCACUUGUGAAAGGGAAACCGAACAGGUGCAUUAGCUGAACUAUUAAUCAUCUGGGGCUGAGCCCAAAUUCUUCUCCAAGAAAAAACUUUUUAAAAUGUGCUCCUAAACAGACUGUUUCCAUGCAAUUAUUUUUUCUUGCAUGUGAGGGCUAAUUGCUUAAAAAUGUGAAAAUUGGACAAAAAGUUGGAUUUAUCAUAAAACAUGCCUCAGGAGUUCUCACGGUUUGCAGGACUACCAGACCAAUAAAAUAUGAAACCUUUUGGCUAUCUAACACAUGGCUAGGCUAGUUUGGUGUCGCUAGCCAGAGGGAGGCACAACUAACCUAUCAUUGUAUGGGUUUAGCUGUUACAGUGCCAUGCGGAGUAAUUUAGCUGCCUUUAUGCUCUGCUCAUACCAUGUUCAUGUAACUUGGAACUCUUAUAGACAUUGACACAUCUUGUUUUCUUGCUCAGCAUGAGAGGAUUUUAGUGUUUCAGAUUCAACUCAUUUACUGGUUUAAAAAAAACCCUGUACAUCCAUUUUUCCCUCACUCUGACUGUGUGAGCUAGUGUUUGACAGAAUUGAGAUCUGUCAGCCAAUAAGACACGAGUAUUUCCAUGUAUUUUCCUGUAAACCCUGUCUGAUUGGUCUCGCAACUGUUCACUAAAGAUACAACAUUACAACACCGCCAUUUUCUAUUACUGACGUGACAAACUGCUCCAAGUGGAGAAUCAUUGACACUGAAGAUGAAUGAAACUUGAAUGAAACCAUUGUUUUCUCAGUGUGUACUGAGGAGUAUUGCCAAAGCCCAGUAACACAUCUCUGCAGUGAAAAAACAACUGAUUUUUUUUUUUAUUAUUUAGUUAUUCAUUUAUUUUUGUUCACAAUAAAUUAGAGGCAGUGAAGAGGGAUGCUUUAAAACUAUUUAUAGCCUUACUCGCUUGUCCAUAGAUAGCAGCCAUUUGAUAUGUGCACUUGUAGUUUGAGAUUAGAAAGCACUAUGUAUGUUUAGCGACUUGGUCGUUACUGAAAUGUCGCUUGUAUACGAGACCUCAGAUGGGGCCCCGCCUCGCACACAUGUCACAAACCCUCCUCCUCCUCAGACUCCGCCCACUCCUCCUCUUCAGACUCCUGACUCUUCUGAAGCGUUUCAGACCGCUCCAGCUCACUGAGUUUACUCUCAUCACCUCUGGAAAUACGCUUAGUUUUAAACAAGUUUAUUUCAUUUAAACUUCUUUAGUGCCUUGGGAAAUAACUCUUCCCUGCGGUUUUACCUCUUCGACAUCAUUUAUCGUGGCUCACUUUUAAUACGCGUUAAUCAGCUUUGAAUGCUCAUAGGUUCAUGUAGUUUAGACUUGUAUCUCCCGGAGCGCGCGCUGUACCGCUUAUCUACUUUUCUUUGCCUUGUGUGGAGACUGUCAUGCCAGUGCAAGAGUGAGGCUGUGAGGAGGAUAUCCCGUCAGUGUGUGUGUGUGUGUGUGUGUGUGUGUGUGUGUGUGUGUGUGUGUGUGUGUGUGUGUGUGUGUGUGAGCGGCCAUGACCCCGAGAGGAAACCGUCCUGUACCGGAGAGCUCUGCUGCGGCUGCCGUGUGCUCGCGCUGCGCCGCUAAAAUCAUGCCUUACUUCAGGGACAACGCAGUGGCUUCACACAACCAGAUCAACCAGCUUAUUAGUGAGAAUUUCCUAACAGUCAAAGGAGCUGCCCUCUUCUUACCCUGUGGAAAUGGCUCCUCACCCUCGUCAGUGCCCCGCAUCACACAGCGGCGCAACAAGCACACAGGUGACCUCCAGCAACACCUGCAAACCAUGUUUACUCUACUGCGGCCAGAGGACACCAUCCGGCUGGCGGUGCGGUUGGAGAGCGCCUACCCUCAAUGUACACGGUAUAUGGUGGUGGUGUCCACCAUUGGAAGGCAGGACACUGAGGAGAGUGUAGUCCUUGGCAUGGACUUCACCAACCCUGACCGCAAUCAAUGUACAGUUGGUCUGGUCCUACCUCUGUGGAGUGACACUCUGAUUCACUUGGACGGAGAUGGAGGCUUCAGUGUGUCCACUGCCAACAGAGUCCAUAUCUUCAAACCCGUGUCCGUCCAGGCCAUGUGGUCAGCACUGCAGUCCUUACACAAAGCAUGUGAGGUAGCCCGGUGCCAUAAUUACUACCCAGGAAGCCUCUUUUUGACGUGGGUUACUUAUUACCAAACCCAUAUGUCCUCUGAGCAGCACUGCAUCAACGAGUGGAAUGCCAUGCAGGACGUGCAGUCCUAUCGAUCUGACUCACCUGUGCUGUUCACUGACUUGCCAACAGAGAGAGAGCGCACAGAAAGGCUGAUCAAGACUCGUCUGAGAGAGAUCAUGAUGCAGAAGGACCUGGAGAAUGUAACCUCUAAGGAGAUUCGCUCAGAGCUUGAGAUGCAGAUGGUGUGUAACCUACGGGAAUUCAAAGAGUUCAUUGAUAACGAGAUGAUAGUCAUCCUGGGCCAGAUGGACAGCCCCACAGAAAUAUUUGACCAUGUGUACCUGGGUUCGGAGUGGAACGCGUCCAAUUUGGAUGAGCUCCAAAGCAGUGGGGUUCGUUACAUUCUGAAUGUCACACGGGAGAUUGAUAACUUCUUCCCUGGCCUGUUUGAGUACCACAACAUCCGUGUGUACGAUGAAGAGGCCACUAACCUCUUGGAGUACUGGAAUGAUACCUACAAGUUCAUCUCUAAAGCCAAAAAAGCCGGGGUGAAAUGUCUGGUGCAUUGUAAGAUGGGUGUGAGCCGCUCUGCCUCCACUGUGAUUGCGUAUGCAAUGAAGGAGUACGGCUGGGAUCUGGACCGAGCCUAUGAGCAUGUAAAAGAGAGGCGUGCUGUCACCAAACCCAACCCCUCCUUCAUGAAGCAGCUGGAGGAGUAUCAGGGCAUUCUUCUGGCCAGCAAACAGAGGCAUAAUAAGUUGUGGCGAUCUCACUCAGACAGUGAUCUAACCGAGCAGCAGGAACUUGUGUGUAAGAGCGCACCUACGCUGGGCCGUUCUGACCCACACAACCAGCAACACAAGCCCAAUGGCACGUGCUCUGUAAAUAACGGGCCCCAGACAAUCAACAGCUCACAGCCUGGAACAGAAAACACCCACACCGAGACAUCUACACACCCUACCAGUCAGAAAAACUCAGAGCGGCCAUGCGAGGACCCCUUGCUCCCAACUCUCCCGCGUGCAUGUGCAGCCACUGUAGUGCCUGAGCCCAAAAUGGCAGAAAGCCGCUGUCUCAAAGUGGCAGUGACGGAGCCCGUCGCUCGCCCUCAGCCUCCACCUUCCCUUCAUGCCCUUCCUCGCUCCCCAUCUACCUCUUUCCAUGGAAACAAGUCAACAGCUGUGCCUGAGCCAAAAAUAAACUCUGAUAAGCUGCCCCUGGAUGUACCCGAUUCUUCUGGGACCCCGAACAUAGCAUUGUGCUUGGAUACUGUGAGUAGUCUUACUGAAACAGGAGCCGAUUUAGCAUCUUCAAGGACUCCCAUGGCUAUUAGUCCUUGUGAAGUUCCUCUUGAGUCGAGCUGUUCCACUAGCAGUAGGUCAGAGAGCUGCAGUAGCGGUGCGACAGAUCAGAGGACGGGCAGCUCUACCAGCCUCACCACAGAUAGCAUUGACUUCUUCAGUGCUAGAGAGAAGUUCCUGGGCUUGUCUCGGGAUGACCAGACCAACUCACUUCAUGAAGCAGUGACGCCCCGCACGGCUCAAUCCCAAAGCCCCAGCCUAUGCCUGGAGGAAUCGAACCCAGCGGCAACCAAGGAGGAUUCCUCCUCUUAUUCAGAAAGCUCCUGUGAAACUGAAGCCCCUCCCCCAGCAGAACCUGACCUCAUUCUCAGUGAUAACAGCGUAUCGGUGCGACACAUUGUGUCUGAACUGGAGUCUGUUUCUUCCCCACAGCCUCCAUCUCACAUCCCUGAGCAACCCACACUCCAGGAGCAGCAUGUGGAGAAAGAGGUAGAACAGAAACCGGAGAGACCUUCACUUCCUCCUUCCACCUCCACUCCUCCAUGUGAGCAGCCAGACCGGGAGAUCCCCCGCUCUCACCCUUCUCCUCCUCACUCGGCAGGCACGGACAAUGCAGACUCUCAGCAGCUUUCUUCUCCACCAGGAGGCACUGAUUCGAUCAAGACAGAAGCAGAAGAGCACGAUGGAGAGGAGGCAAGACCACUGGACGAUGAUGACUCUGGUAUAAUCCCAGACCCAUCUACCUGCACGGUGGCUGUGUGCUCAAGUCUGGAUCCCAGCUCCUCCUCGUCUUCCCUGCUGUGGCUGGAAAGUGAUGCUGAGGAUGUGACGACAAAGCCACACGACUUGCACAAGAUCCAGGAGACACUGCGGGAGCUGCAGGCCUUCCUGUACGAGGCUGGAGGGACGGAGGCACGCUUCAACUACCGCCCGCAGCUGGAGAACACGCACGGCUCCAUGGAAUCACAGCCUCGGACACCGGCCAUGUGGCAGAAAGCCAUGGAGAUGGAGGCGCGGAUCAGGCAGGCUGGUCUCACUCCACCCUCAUUUAUGAAACGCUCAGCCUCGCUGGCCAAACUUGACCAGCUUGAACUGUCCACGCACGACCUGAAUGACUGGGACUUCCGAUCCGAGCUGCCUUCGUCUCCCUCCUCCUCGUCCUCUUCACGUUCGCUCUCCAGUAGCCAUGAUGAGGUCCAUAAGAAGCAGCGCGUUCUACCUCAGACCCUCUCAGAGGCCAACAGAACUGAAAGCUCCUUCCACACUUCAUUUUCCUGCCCGCAGCACAAGCAAGGCAGCAGCACGGGACAGCCCACAGACACCUCGGCCCUGCCCACUGUCUCUGUGUGCACAUGGCAGCAGCAGCACACAAAGCCACACCCUACACGCCGGCCACGCAAAGCAGUGGACAAGAAAAAGACAAUUACUGUACUGUACAAUACCAUGUGACCCGUAAUGAACCGUCACGGCAGGGAUAUGUGUGCCAUAGAGGUGCUCUGUUAUUAACUUUUGGAUUCAUGAGAUCCAUCUGUAAGCUAAACCUAUGAGUGUAUGCUACUGUAUUUGAUAUGUAAUAUGACUGUAUGCAAAAAUCUGCCCCUUUCAAAUAUUACUGCAAAUAAAGGGGCUUGUUUCUCAAAACAUGCACUUUACUAACUUGUUUUUAUUUGUAAUAUUAUUAUUGUUUUUCUCCUUUUUUAAAUUUGGUUUUAUUCCAGGAUUUCUGUGGGGUUUUUUUUUUGUUUGUUUUUUUUGCACUGAUUAUGAAAAGUAGCCUAUCUGUGUGUAUGUAGCUGUGUGUGUUGAUUGGAAAAUGGAGGCAAUAUAAAAAAUUUUUUUAAAUCCUGUGGCUAUUAAAUAAAUAAACAUACACUUUUUUAUUUUA